CGUAGGUGAGCAAGACCCAGUAAGUAGUUCCGGCUUUGACGAGUUUCAAUAAUGUUGGUAUUUAUUUGUGUUAACAGUAUCGAAGUGGCCAGUACUUGUCCGACCAACUGCCGCCGUGGUCUACUGGUAGAGUUUUCCCGCGCAAUCGAGUCUUGACAGACGGAUUGGAGGGAACGUGACCAUAGACUAUUUUUUGUUUUUUUCUGUACGUUAGCCGCGCAAUCAUUUGAUUGCAGCAAGGAUUGACGUUUCAGUCGCGAUUGUAAAUACCUACCCCGUGUUAGUUUACCGUUUGCAAACCGAGAUCGGUAUUAGAACACUUGUUGAUGUGAAAGUUGGAAAUUGUUGUGAAAAGUGUUUUUUCUGGCAUUAUGAUGGAUGCAGAGAAGAGUUGCUACGACAACGGCGGAUUUGUAAUGACAGAGAAAAAUAUCUGCAUGAACAAGAAUCGCCCAGGCAUGGCGGAGCUCGGAGUGUCGCAGUCCCAGCUAGUUGACAAUGGGCGCAAGUUUCCACAAUACAUCGCAGCUUUGUCAGCGACGCUGGGCGCGCUGGCGGCCGGGUCCAUGCUGGGCUGGUCGUCGCCCGUCGUGUUCGGCAUCACGCAGCCCAACAGCACCGACUACAGCUUCCCCGUGUCCGCCGCGCAGGGCGACUGGGUGGCCUCGCUCAUCAACCUGGGUGCUGCCGCUGUCUGCUUCCCUAUAGGCUUGAUAAUGGACGCUCUAGGCCGAAAAACCACUAUGCUGCUACUCAUAUUACCCUUCACCCUCGGCUGGGUAUUAAUCACCUUCGCGCAGAAUGUAGCCAUGCUGAUGGUCGGCAGGUUCAUUACUGGUAUAGCUGGAGGAGCGUUCUGUGUGACCGCCCCGGCGUACACCAGUGAAAUAGCCCAGGAUUCCAUCCGAGGUUCGCUCGGCAGCUACUUCCAGCUCAUGAUCACGGUGGGAAUCCUGUUCGCUUACGCCGUAGGCAGCUAUACGUCUGUGUUUGUCUUCAAUAUUCUCUGCGGCUGCAUUCCGUUAGUCUUCGGAGCGGUAUUCUUCUUCAUGCCUGAGAGCCCCAAGUUCUUAGUAGUGAAGGGUCGCAACGAGGAGGCCAGAGACGCCCUCAUCUGGCUGCGAGGCGCGGAGUAUGACGUGGACAGUGAACUGAACGAGCUCAAGCAGAAGCAGCAGGAUGCCAUCGACUCGCCCGUCUCCUUCCGCUCCGCCAUCACCAAGAAGUCCGCGAUCAAAGCGCUGGUCAUCUGCUACGCGCUGAUGUUGUUCCAGCAGCUGUCUGGCAUCAACGCCGUCAUCUUCAACACUUCCCAGAUCUUCUCGAGCGCGGGCGCGUCCAUCGAACCCUCCAUCGCCUCCAUCAUCAUCGGGGUCAUUCAAGUUGUUGCCACAUUCACGUCCAGUCUGAUCGUGGACCGCCUCGGCAGGCGGAUUUUACUGCUGUUCUCGGCGCUAGUGAUGUGCCUGUGCUCCACGGCUCUCGGCAUCUUCUUCUUCCUGAGCGACGCGCACGGCCAAGACUCCUCCAUAGUGCAGGCCAUUUCCUGGCUGCCUCUCCUCUCGCUGUCGUUAUUCAUCGUGAGUUUCUCUCUCGGUUUCGGUCCGAUCCCGUGGAUGAUGGCGGGCGAGCUGUGCAUGAUCGACAUCAAGGCGUUCGUGGGCUCCACGGCGGGCACCUUCAACUGGCUGCUCAGCUUCACCGUCACCAGCACCUUCAACUCGCUCAACACCGCCAUCGGCUCCGGACAAGUCUUCUGGCUGUUCGCCUCUAUCAUGGUUUUAGCCUUCUUGUUCAUCUUCUUUAUUGUCCCGGAGACGAAGGGCAAGAGCGUGGACGAGAUCCAGGUGAUCUUGGGCGCCGAGCCGCAGCCACAGAGAAGCGCCGAACAAAAGAAAUAAUAAGGAUAACAGACUGAGCUAGUCUCAAUAAGAAUUUUACUAAAAGACCCGUUCGCGCGGAGUGUUAGCCGUUUUGUAGUGUUUGUAUGCAUGUUUAACUUGUUAUGUCCUCGGUUUCUAGGCAGUAGAUUGAGGUACGAUAGUGCUGCCUGAACUGAGGUCUAUUUAAGUCUAGUCUGAUGCCGCAAAUACUGUGUAGGCUUCACCGCGGAACAUGUAGGUAGUUUUAAAUAUUUAUUGUGUCCUAACCAACUGUUAUACACUUGUUAUAGUUUUUGACCCACUUUUUGAGAUAGAUCAUGGGGCCGCUUAUUUUUGUUUCCACUUACACAAUAUCUAUUAAGCAAAAUUAUAUAUUUAACUAGAAAGAGUAAAUGAAGUAAUGUAAAAGGUAUGAA